AGUCUGAGGCAAAAUGUAAAUAUGCUGACAAAUCUACUAAAAAAGAUAAAAUGAUAGAAAAAUCUAAGGAGGAGAGCAUUGAAGAUGUCAAAGUAGAAAUAUCAAUUCCUAAAUCUUUAGCUAAAACCAAACAAAGUUCAAUCACAAAUUUCCUUAAGCGUGAAAAUCCAGAUACUAAAGUUACUGUUGUUCCUCAAAAGAAGAAAAGAAAAUUGCCUCGAGGUAGAUCACGUAAAAGACAAAGAUCCAAAACCCAGAAUGACAACACCGAACCUAAAGUCAAGAAAGUUCGAAAGAUUGAACCAGAGUCACUUGAAAUUGAACCCAUUGAUGAAAAUAUAGAAUUACAGCCUGCGAAGAAUGAGAACACUGAUGAACUGGACAAUAGUGAUGAGCCAGACAAUGGUGAUGAACUGGACAAUGGUGAUAAACUGGACAAUGGUGAUGAACUGGACAAUGGUGAUGAACUGGAUAAUAUUGAUGAUCUUACCAGUAAAAAUGUAGAGGAAAAACAGGAAAACAAAGAAAUAUCUGAAAAAUAUGAUGAAGGAGAAAAAGAAAACUUACACAAGAACAACGAUCAGAGUCCAGAAAACAUAAUUGAAGAAAAAGAGGAUAAAUAUACAAAGUUUGAAGAAGAAACUCCAAUAGAUGAUAAUAUAGAACAAAUAGAUGUAUUGGUUGAAAAAUCAAAGAAUGUCAUAGCUGAAUGUUCAAAAAAGAACACAGAUUUCAAGGCUGACGAGAUAACUGUUGAAAAUAUAAUUUGUUCUAAGACCAAUGGUGACAAUAUUGCAAAUUCUCAAGAGAAAGAACUUGAACAACGCCAAAAUAAAUUAGAUAGUAAGGUUAAUGUUGUUGAAAUAUUAACUAACAAUGACAUUCUAAAACGUCCUAAUGACAGAGAGUCUUAUAAUGUAGUCGAUAUGUGUAAUGAUGUUCCUAAAAGAAAACUAUCAGAAUCUGAGAAAGAAUCUUCUAACAAUGCUGUAGAAUUUACAUGCAACUUAGAGAAGUCUCAAGAAUCUAUUGUGGAUAAUGUAAUAUUAGAAAACUCUAAAAUACAACCUUCUAAUAAUAUUUUGCCUCUGGAUAUAAAGCAAAAUGAAAAUGUGCCAAAUAAUUAUGACAAGACAAAUCUUAUUCAAACUGAAACAAAGCAAUACAAUGACCAAGUUGUUUUGUCUAGUAAAUUUAAAUCUGACUCUGUGGAGACUGAUAUAAGAAUGUUUAAUAAUCCAGCAGCAUGCAAUAAUUUUCCCAAAACAGAUGUUACUGUACAGCCUCCAAUGUCUUCUAUCACUGAUAAACAGUACAGUGGUUGUUCGAUGGUUACAAAUGAUUAUUGUAAACCAUCGUCAGAUUCAUCAUUGUUGUCAAAUGUCAAACAGUUUGGUGAUGAACCUUUGUCAAAUGAAUACAUUAAAUCAGGCACUGUAGUACUUCCAAAUUCAAAACAAUAUGGCGAGGCUUUAUUGAAUGAAUAUGGAAAGUUGGACAUGCACCAGUCAGAUAUCAACAAGCAAAUGUACAAUAAAGAAGAUUCUGUUGAGUAUAUAAAAAACUUGCAAGUUAACCCAACACCCAUCAAUAGUUCACAAGAAGUGUUUAAGGUCGUCGAACAAUCAAAACCUAAAGUUUCUGAAAAAAAUUAUUCUCCAAUUGUUGCUGACCACACAAUAGUUGUGCCUAAAUACGACAAUGUCAAACAUGAGAAGCAGUCUAAAAGAACUACACCUUCGCCAAAAACUGUGCCAUAUCGUUUGCCCACUGAAGUGCCACAAGUAGAUAAAUCACGAUUACAUGAAUACUUGCCUACUAUGGGGUUUCUGAACUAUCAAAAGAUUAAUAGUUCUAUAGCUAUGGGCCAUCCAGACAUCUCUAAAACCAAGGACAUGUACGCAGACAAAAAAACUGAUGCUGUUAACAUGAACUUACCCAAAGACAAAGAAGUAAUGAACUUGCCCAAGACUAUGGACAACAGUCUUUUGUAUUCAUCUGUUAUGCAACAAUCACCUUACACUGACCAAUCUAUGAUGCACUUAUCGCUCCAUCAUCAUUUAGCUCAUCCAUCUCAGUAUCAUCACACUCCACCUGUACCUGCUCAGGUGCCGCCUCCUGUUCAUCAGACAAAAUCUCGAAAUAAAAAAAGCGAACAAAGGAGAUUGGCUCAACAGAACCAGGCGCCUGUUGCACCGUCUACUCAACAACCCACCCCAUCACCAAUACCUAGCCACACACAAUCAUAUCACCAUCACCAUCAAACAGCUACAUACAUGAUGCCACAGCCAUCACCCUCUAGUCCCUAUCAUCAUUCCGUGAUCCAGCACCGAAUGGGUCAACAAGCAGGCUCAUGUUCGUCUGCUGAUUUUUACUUGUCACAUUCUAACCAACACGCAGUUGCUGCAGCUGCACAGAUGGCAUCGUGCAACCUUUCCAAACUUCAACAAAUGACAAAUGGAUUGGAUCACCACCGCAGGCAUAUAUCUUCACCUGCAUCAUCACCAGCCUCUUCCCCUGCCAAUAUGACUCCACCACCUCCUGCUGCGUCUGCAGCCGCCGCACACUUGCUUCAACAGUCUGCGGUUGCGUAUCAUAAAUUGUACCAACAGGCAGGUCAGACCAAUCAGUCACGGCAGUAUGGACAUCAAACACGUGCUUCUUCGGCGACACCAAACGUUGGUCUUAUGACAAUGCAGUAUGGUGCGCCACCUCCUUUUAACGGUUACAGGGUAGCGUCGCAAUCCACUCCGCCGCCAUCUGCUGCGAGUUAUAUGAACCAGACAGCAGGACAACUACAGUACACGACGCAUACACAAGAUCCACACCAUCAGAAUAGUGUAUACCCCACUUCGGCAUACAACGGCUCGUAUUUACAACCUCUAAACGGGUCCAUGCAUAGAUAAUCUCUUGUUACAUUAUUAUUUUUAUUAUUAACUUUUUUUUAUAUUAAUUAUGAUUAAAAGUCUGUUAUUCACCAUCAUUAACAUAAUAUACUUUUAUAUAAAAAUACAAAAAGGAAGAAGAAAAAAAUGUUACCAGUUUGUUAUAUUAAGAUGAAAACUAAAACACAAAAUUUCAUUUUAUACCAUAAGAAAAGUGCAUUUUCAACGGGUCGAUUCUUAUCUUUAAGUUAUGUUAGUUCACAAACAGUAUUUUUUUUUAGUUGUGUAUGCUAUGCAUUAUUUUUAUUUUUUUAUUUAUCACAACAAUUUGUAUUUAUUUUAUUAUUUUUUCUUUCUGUUGAUUGUUGAGAUCAAUUUUUAAACAUUACAAUUUAAAAAAAUGUUAAAGGAACGGGUACGUCAAGUUUUUAUUGUACAAAGUUCAAAGAAUUUCCCUAGUCUGUAAGUA